CACAAACACAACACAAACUCUCAAUCGUUAGCAACAAACAGACCGAUUGAUCACAAAAUUGAUUCCCAAGAAACUGAGACAAUGAGCAAAAUCGGCGACGAAAACAAGUGGUGUUGGACUCGACUCAAAGAGGCCAGAGAUCGCAACCCAAAAGACUCGUACAAGUGUUGGAGUGAAAGCAUUCAGGUGUUGGCCGAGUCCUGCUGUCUUCUCGUUAUCUUUAUUAUUGAGAACUUAAUCGGAAUUCUGUUUAUUAUUAUGGGCAUCAUUUAUAUGGACGACUGUCCGGUCUCUCAUGCGAUACCAAUCAGUCUACUAUUGUUCGGUGCGUUUAGUUUCCUCCACGGGAUUACUUUACAAUUGGUUCGUUGCAAGUGUUUCAAUAUGACUGAUCCCAAAGACGGCUUCGCAACUCUUAUCAAAAUUGCUCUCUGCAUGACUUCCUUCGCCACAUUCUUCGCAUUCCUCUUC